AUGAGUGCAAUAGCUGACUUGAUUAAAUUACAAACCAACAAUGCAGCUGAUGGUACAGGUAUUGUCAAAUUACUGGCAAUUUCUCAACGAUUUCUAGGUGUCAAGUCUGCUAAUGAGAUUCCUCAAUUUUUGAUUGAUUAUGUCCAAGCACAACAACAAUCCCAGUUUGGCUCUUAUCCAACUCAUAAAGACGUUGCUCCCAGUGCUGUCUUUUUGGCUUGCUUUGUACUUAUUGCUAUAGCACAUGGUACUUUAUUUGCAAUCAAUAUGAAGAGAGGUCAUAAAUUUUGGCUUUCAUUUGCGUUUUGCUUUUAUUCAACGCUGAGAUGGAUUGGUUUUGCCCUAAGAAUUGUAUGGGCUAAAAGUAUUGUUAAAUUACAUAUUGGUAUUGCCUCUGAAGUUUUGCUUAUUUUACCAACUGUUUUCAUUGCCUCCUUCAAUUUGGUUCUUGCCCAAAGAAUUUUCACUUGGAGACAUCCAGUUUUCGGUAAUAACAAGAUUUUCUUGUUUAUAAUGUUGGCCUUUUAUUCUGUUGUUGUUGCAGUUGUUGUGAUGACAAUUGUUGCAGGUGUUGUUCCAUACCUUUACUUUUUAUCUCGUUCACAUUAUGAUAUGUGUCGAAAUGUUGUUAAAGUUACCUCUAUCUUAAUUACCCUUUAUUCAUUACUUUCUAUUGCAUUUGUUAUUUUCACUUAUUUGUUACCAAUUACAGAAAGAAAUAGAAAUGCACUUGUUUAUCAACCAUUUUGGAUCAAGUCAUUUUCUCCAUUUUAUUUCCCUCCAGCUCAUGCUUCAAUCGAAGGUGAAGGGUUAUUUUUAGAUGAACAUGCCAAUGAUUCAAGAACUCCAAUGAGAACUAUCAUUGGUGGUGGUUUGGAUACCAUUGACAACCAUGAUUUACCAGAAGCUGAGGAGCUUGCCCAAUAUGAUAAAGCAGGUGAGAAGAAGUUCACCUUGAGAAACAAUCUGUCUGUCUGGAUCAUUACCAUUACCUCCAUUUUCGUCUUUAUUGGUGCCUUGUUUAGAUGUAUUGGUUGCUUCAUUGACGAUGUCUAUGGUAGUGAGUCUUGGAUUUACAGGCCUGUUGUCAUGUAUGUCUUGUGGGGAGCAUUGGAAACCAUUUGCAACAUUCUCUAUCUUGUUGGUAGAAUCGAUUUGAGAUUCUAUAGACCUGACAAAUUCUCAAAGGUGAACAGAAACUUGGUUCCUUCAGAAGAGAAGAACAUUGAUAACACUUCCUCAAACUUGAGCUCUGAUACUAGAGUAUAG